AUGAUAACGUAUCAAUAUCCGAAGUGUACGCAGAUUCCUGGUGUCAACGAGAUCAAUAGAGAAGAUUUUCAUAAGAUGAUGUUGCAUCGAGUUAAUGAUUAUUAUCAGAUCAAAUAUGCUUGUUUGUUAAUGAAUAAUGAAUGUUACGCUAUUUACCCAAAUGGUGUCCAGUAUUCUCGUCGCAGGAUGACACAACUGUAUGGAACGGAGAUGACCAAUAUAAUAUUUGAAUUUGGCAAUAAAUUUAAUGAGCUCAAAUUAAAUAAUCAAGAGCAUGCACUUUUAUUUCCCAUAAAUGUUUGUAAUGAAGAUGAAACUCUUGAAGAUCAAGAAACAAUUCGGUCAAUUCGUGUAUGUUAUUUAUAUGCCUUGUAUACUCAAAUGUGUACAACAAGAAAAAAGGAGGAUGCAGAAAUAUUAUUUGAACAGUUAUCCACUGUUCUCGAACUCUUGAAGCCACUAAAUGCAAUGUAUGAAGAGUCCAAUGGAAAUUUUCUUGUACCGAAAACUGACUGA